AUAGCGAGAAAAUUUCAUUAGUUUCCCUACCGCAGAAACUUGUUCAGCGUAUUUACGAAUUUUAUAUACUCUUUGGAUUGUUAUCUUCCAACUGGAGCCGCCGUUUCGAGUGAAAGAAGAUUCAUCCGCCGGCACCAGGCGGAAACAGUAUCCUGCAGGGAAGGAUGACCUAUCAAAAUAAGUCCUACUGCAAUAUACUCGUCAUUUGUAACAACAUCAGACCGUCAUCGUCAGCCAAUUAGGGUGCGAUCGAGUGACAACAUAAUUCGUCUUAUUUUCUUUUAUUGCUGGUUGGCUCCGAGUCUCACAUACUUCGCAUCGUAGGAGCAGUAAACGCACGACGUUAGCGGAAAUCAUGAAUAGCAGUAGUGAUACCGGUUCCUCAUUUUGGAAGAACAAUUCGGCACGGAUACCGGGACGCCCAACGAUGGCAACCAGGAUGUCAUCGGGAGCGGUGAGAACUCAGGGGGGAUCGACUUCGGCAGGGGCGAGUAGUUCAUUCCAAGAUUAUCAGGAGUCGGUGAGCGAUGCGUGGGAUCUUGGGGAUGACGAGUUUUGUAUCAUUUCCGGUGUGGUUGACACUCCCCGGAUAUCGAAAAAGGUAUCUCAAUCGGCGGCAUUGAACGUUAUCAAGACUCACAGAACUGGUGGAAAUAGUGAAAAGGGACGAACCGUGGUUGAGACGAUGGUUUGCAGAAGUAUCGCAUCUGAUAUGCGCAAUGCGAUUACAGGAAGCGAUGUAGCCGUAGUCGAAAGUCUGGAUGGGAUGAAGAUUUGCAAGAAUAUAGAUAAUGAAGUCGAAGGAAACGGUGUUCAACAACACGAGGAGUUAAACAACAUGACCGAUAACCGGCUCCGACAGCGGUUCCAUGCUUACCCAGGUCGUCCCCAGCUGCUAAAGCUUUCGUCUCAUAUAGCUUCAAAGGACGUCGAAUGUGAAUCCAAGUACGAGAAGUUUACCAACAUUCUAGACGCCCCUUUGUUGAAUCUUAUCGCCCUGAAGGAAUUAAGCUGGUCAGGGAUCCCGAGGAAGAUGCGUGCCGUUACGUGGCGACUGCUGUCCGGCUAUCUGCCAACGAGUUUGGAGCGCCGAAAUACCGUCCUUGAGCGAAAACGAGUCGACUACCGGAAACUGGUUCAGCAAUAUUUUCACGUUGACAACCGGGACGAAAUCCAGCAGGAUACGUACCGACAGAUCCACAUCGAUGUACCUCGGAUGAAUCCUCACGUAGCGCUCUUCCAGCAAAAGUUAGUCCAGGAAAUGUUCGAACGCAUUCUGUUUAUUUGGGCCAUCAGGCAUCCGGCUUCUGGUUACGUGCAGGGCAUAAACGACCUUGUGACGCCGUUUUUCAUAGUGUUUCUUCAGGAAUCCGUUGGAACUGACAAAGAUCUGGAAAAGUAUCAGUUGGGAGAUCUAUCCGAGGAGCAGCGGGAUAUUAUCGAGGCGGACUCUUUCUGGUGUUUGUCCAAAUUUCUCGAUUGCAUCCAGGAUAAUUACAUUUUUGCCCAGCUAGGAAUACAAGAGAAAGUGAAUCAACUGAAAGAACUAAUCCAACGGAUCGAUGGAACACUGCACCGGCAUCUACAGUCGCAUGGGGUGGAUUAUUUACAGUUUUCUUUCCGCUGGAUGAACAACUUGCUAACCCGUGAACUGCCACUGUACUGUACGAUCCGACUAUGGGACACGUAUCUGGCUGAAUCGGAUGGUUUUGCCGUGUUCCAGUUGUACGUCUGUGCCGCCUUUUUGUUGCACUGGCGUGAACAGCUGCUCCAGGAGAAAGAUUUUCAGGGCUUGAUGCUGCUGCUGCAGAAUCUGCCCACUCACAGCUGGAUGGACUCGCAUAUUGGUGUGCUGGUGGCGGAAGCAUUCCGUCUCAAGUUUACCUACGCUGACACACCGAAACACCUCGAGGGCAAAAGUUGACAGCAUCACAGCGAGCGCAACUACAACUACUGUAAAAAUUAUCUCUAUAAGUUUAUCUGAGGAUCGCCAACGCUAGAUAGUAUCGGCAAUAUUUGCAGUUUCUCUUGUUUUCUUUAUAUUUCUCGUGUCGUUUAGGUCUAUUUUGUUCUAACAUUGGUUUCACACAAAUUGUACGUUGAAAAGAAUUGCGGCGGGCUGUAGACUUUAGCUUAAUUUUAGGAAAAACACAGUAAAACAUAAAUUUCUAUCGAUCAAAUUUUCGUUUUUGGCAAAAAGAUAUGCGAUACGUAGGGAAACGAUUAUUGAACAGGUUAAAAUCCAUUACAUUGUAAAUAGGAAUGCUUCCAUGGGAAGGAAAAGAGUUAUGAAAUUUGUGAAAAAGUUGAAUCAAUGGUUGUUUACCUUUUUAGAUUCCGUGUUGCGUAGAUAUGAACUACAUAAUCGGUACAGACGCGAUACGAAGCUGCGAAAAAACUUCAACUGGAUCAACAAACGCUGAAGGUUAUUGCACAGCGUUAUCAUUUCAAUGUGUCAGAAUUUUUGAAGGAACUGCCAAUAAAGAUCGAAGAAUCUACUCUCCGAGAAAGGAAUAAUGAAUUUCAAAGAAACGCGGCAAAGCAAACCGUUUAUCGAUGGUAGAAAGGACUACAAAUAGAUGUUAUGAUUUUUUUAUCAUUAUUGCGGAUUGCAAAUUAUAUUUAGAUAUACAUAGUGUUUUAUAGGAACAAUAAAUCCGAUAACUCACCACUAGAGAAGGGAUUACGAUUGGAACAUUCAGAAGGGAUGACAAAAAUGAUAACGAAAACAUGAUAAAACCAAUUAUACACAGAGGUAAUCAAAUUAGAUAAUAAAAACAUACACGUUAA